AUGCACUCAACCAAGGUUUUGCUCUUUUUGUUUCUCGCCGCGUUCGUUGGCGCAGUUCCCCAUAAUGAAAAUAUUCAAAGGCGUGGUUAUGAAGUAACCACUAGUUGUUCCUCGAGCCAUCCUCAUCCCACAUACCCCCCUCACCAUGAGAAGUAUCCAAAGCAUGAGAAGUAUCCAAAGCAUACUGAGUACAAAAAGAAAGUGGUCUAUAAGACAGUCACUGCCACGACCACUACGACCGAUAUUUGUACCGUGAAAACAACCACCACCGCACCAGUAGUCGUCACUUCAUACAGUACUUGCACAGUACCAACCACCGUAUACAGUACCUGCACAGUACCAACCACCAAAUAUAGUACUUGCACAGUACCAACUACCGUAUACAGUACUUGCACCUCCAAGACCACCGUACCAGCCACCGUAUACAGUACCUGCACCGUACCAACCACCGUAUACAGUACCUGCACAGUACCAACCACCAAAUAUAGUACUUGCACAGUACCAACCACCGUCUAUGACAAGACAACCAAAUAUAGUACCUGCACAGUACCAACCACCGUAUACAGUACUUGCUAUGAGAAGACAACCAAAUACGACCCAACCACCGUAUACAGUACUUGCACCUCCAAGACCACCGUACCAGCCACCGUAUACAGUACCUGCACAGUACCAACCACCGUAUACUCCAAGACCACCGUAUACAGUACUUGCACCGAGAAGACCACCGUACCAACCACCGUAUACAGUACUUGCACCUCCAAGACCACCGUAUACAGUACUUGCACCGAGAAGACCACCGUACCAACCACCGUAUACAGCACUUGCACCGAGAAGACAACCAAAGUUGUUACUGAUUACACCACCAAGACAGUACCAACCACCGUAUACACUACUUGCUAUGAAUCCGUAAAACCGAAACAUGAUUAA